AUGAAUGCGUGGCUGACCGACGCCUCGAGCAUCCCCAACCAUGACAAUGGGGCAUUCAAUAAUGCGACCAUCGAUCCGUCGAUGGCUUUUCUACAACCAUCGCCGACACCUCAGGAUCCAAACCAGUUCCAGCGCAUGUUUCAAAACGGCGUCCCACGCAAUGUCUCGCCUGGCUUCCACAACCUGAACCAAGUCAUCCCGUCAAAACGACCCCGACCCGAAGAUGGCAUGUCAAUGUCUCCCAGGCAAGCCCCAGCUGGCUUGCCGUCGUCGCGUUCUCAGACGCCCCAGGUCCCCUUUGCAGGCUACCAGGGACCAACAAAUGGAAACCCUCAGUUUACACAUCCUUCAACCCCGUAUCAACAUCUCCAGCAACAAAGAGUCUCUGUAAACACCACGCAGUCCCCUAGCCUACAAGACUUUGACCAGCAUGGCGUGCAACGGGUACAGACAGCUUCGCCUAGUCCAUUUUCUCCGGCCGGCCCUCCUGUCGGGAAUCAAAUCUCCCCGCCCCAGUCUGACCAAGGAAGUCGUGUCAACACGCCGCAAAACAACGCGUUCAUGGCCGGCCAGGCUUAUGCACAGGGCAUGCCUGCGCAGUUUGCGCAAUCUACAGGGAUGACUUCGAACGCCACUCCUACACCAAUGCAAGCCCAUCUAGCCAAUAUGUCGCAAGGAUACUCAGCACAAGCUAUGGCUGCUCAGAACCAGCGUCUAUACCAAAUGCAACUACAGAACCAAGCCCGUCAGAUGCAGCAAGCUGGCAAUCCCGCUAUGGCGGGACGUCCUGGUAGUGCCAUGAAUCCAAUGGCAAAUCCUCAGAUGGCCGCCUUACGACAGAUGCAACAAAACAUGUCGCAACCAAACAUGCCAAAACCAACUAGUCCUGAGGUAUUUCUGAAGACUCUCCAGAAAUUCAUGAUGACGCGUAAUCAACCGUUGGAACUUUCACCGCACGUGAGUGGCCGGGCUAUACAUUUAAUGCAGUUAUACGCUUCAGUUAUGAAGAUGGGUGGUUUUAAAAAGGUUACUGCGAGCAAUAUGUGGCCUGCUAUUGCCCAGUCACUUCAAUUUGCACCUCAGCAGUAUCCAAAUGCAGCUGUGGAAAUUCGGGAUAUAUAUGCUAAAAAUUUAGCAAGCUACGAGCAAGCUCUCAUUUCGUCACACCAGAAACAACAAAUGGAAAAUAUGCAACAGAAUUCUAUGCAAAGACAGUCUGCAGAUGCGAAUAUGAUGCAGUUCCAGCAGUCCCCAAUCAAACCUGGAUCUGAAUUCGAAUCACAAAAUCAGCAUUUCACAUCUUCUCCCCAAGCUGGCGCGUCAAUACCGAACACCGUUCAAACAACUGCUAGUAAUGGCGUUCCUACACCACAACAACCUCGCCAAGUCAAACAGCCACCGCAGGCUCAACAGCCCCAACUCCCCCAUGCACAGAACCAUCAACGGCCAAAUAUCCCUCGACAACCGCAAGCUGCAGCAUCCGCUGCUGAUCAGUCUCUGUCCUCGCAAAUUGCCCCAUCUGCGACGCCCGCUAAACCUUCAGUCACUCCCAGCAAAACCGCACCUGGGCUCGAAACUGCGCCACCCCAGCCCGUGAAAAAACACAUUGGAGAUACAUUUAAAGCAACUGUUUUAACAGAUACUCCCGCGCAUGGCCCCAUCGUGGUAGACGAAAUCUAUCCAAUUGGGGAAGACAUAAUGAAACUGCGGCCUAAUGUCCCUUCUUUUGGAGAACUGGGUGUCAUAGAUAUACACGCAUUGACUAUGAGUAUCAAAUCGGGAAUACACGCCGAGGUGCGCCUGGCUUUGGAUACCUUGACGACUAUUGCUUCUGAACCAAAUAUUCAGAUUCCUCUGGAUAACUGUGAUGACCUUGUGGAAAGCUUGGUUGAUUGUGCUGAAGAACAAGUCGAAUUCCUUGCUAAGAAUGCAGCAGAGGUUUCCGAUGAUAUGAGCUUACUGCCUUACGAAGACGUCAUUCGUGGUUGUAGGGUAGAAAUGACAUCCCUUCUAGACGUCCCAGAGUUUGGUAGUGUCGCUUAUGAAUUGGAUCGUGCAGCUGACAGGGUACUUUGUAUCACUGGUAUCAUAAGGAAUUUCUCUUUCACGGAACCAAAUUUUGGUAUCCUAGGAAGUGCUCCGAUUGUUAAAAUGUUCACCACUAUCAUUCGUUACCUCGGCACCCGCAGUAUGAUAUUACGAACCCACCAAAAUAAUUUGGAUUUCAUGAAAGAUGCUGUUACUUAUCUUAGCAAUGUUGCUCAAGCAGUGUAUAUCUCUGGGAAAGAGGAAGCUAUAUGUUUACUACAUUUCCUUUUAUCGUUUGCGCCUUUGCCUGCACCUACUAUUACCCAGGAAGGAGUGACGUUCACACCAUACAACCCCUCUGUUCACAAAUAUACACCUACAGCAAUUGACAGCCUAGCCAAACUUCUUGCUAGGGAUGAGCCGAACCGGAUGUACUACAAAGCUAUCUUCAGUGGUGACAGUUUCCCUAGCCAAAAUGAGCUGCUGACCCGCGCUUUUGCCUUGGCCAUCUGCCCUAUCCCGGACCAACCACGAAAACCUCUGCCUUUGGCGGAUGCACGCAAAAUAUUUCUCAUGCAAGGUUUGCUAGCUGGCGAGAUUCUUACCGAACUCGCCGAUGGGCCAACUGCUCGAUCUUGGCUGCAGUCAGCGGAUGGAUUCGCUGUUCAUCUCCUACGUCUAUGUUGUUUGCUUAGCACAGAACGUAUGCCACCAGCUGCUCAUCGACACCCACAAGCACGUGGCCAACCAGACCCGGAAACUCAUGUGUACGCGUCGAUUAUCAACAGAGGACUGAACAUUCUUCAAAAAUUGGCUGAAAAAGUAAAGCAAGAAGAUUGUACAUCAGGCCGCAGUUUCCCGCUCAACGUGCUACCAAAACGAGAAAGUCUGCUGGGUGCUUUGUUGACUCCAACGUUAGAUGCAGGUGUUGUGAGGCAAUUAAUUGCAUACGCAGGACUCGGAGAGUGA